UAUAUAUUACUUGAAUUAAAAAUCACUACAAAUUUUUAUUUGUUUGAAAUACUAAUAAAAAAAGUUUGUUUAUUAUGUGGUAGAAUUGCUUAGGGGCACUAGAUGGAACUCAUAUUAGAGUGAGAGUACCUAUGGCUGAUAAACCAAAAUAUCGUACUCGAAAAGGUGAAAUAGCUACAAAUGUCUUAGGUGUAUGCUCCCAAGACAUGCAAUUCAUAUAUGUGUUACCUGGAUGGAAGGCUCUGCAGCAGAUGGUAGAGUUUUACGUGAUGCCAUACGUAGAACAAAUGGUUUGUGUGUUCCAAAUGGUAUGCUUUGUGUUUUAGAUUAUACAUUUUUUUGGAUAAGUCAUUUAGGAGACAACUUAAUUCUUAUCUUUAUUUUAUUUUAGGUCAUAAUUACCUUGUAGAUGGUGAAUAUACUAAUUGUAAGGGAUUUCUUGCUCCAUAUCGAGGCCAACGCUAUCACCUCAACCAAUGGGAAGAUGGGAAUCCUCCCAUAAAUCCACAAGAGUUUUUUAAUAUGAAGCACUCAUCUGCUAGGAAUGUCAUUGAGAGAUGUUUUGGUGCAAUUAAGAAUCGAUGGGCAAUUCUUAGGAGUCCAUCAUUCUAUCCAAUAAAGACUCAAAACCGAAUCAUUUUAGCAUGUUGCUUGCUUCACAAGUUUAUUAGGAGAGAAAUGCCUACUGAUAAUAUUGAUAUGCAUCCAGAGAAUGAGAGUGAUAGUGGAGACGAAGAAGAUAGCAUGGAUGCUGAUGGAUCCAUAAGAAGUAUUGAAGCUUCUGAAGGGUGGACAACAUUUAGAAAUCAUUUAGCACUUGAGAUGUAUAACGAAUGGAGAUAACAUAGAAGAGCAAGCUAGUUUUUUUUUUUAUUUCUUAGAUUAAAUGCACAAUGAUUGUCUAGGUUUCUAAAUUUGGUUUCACUUGGCUAUGCCAAUUCAUUUGACUUUUUGUGUAAUUGACCACCCCAAAAACUUAUAUCGCUUGCUUUGAAAUGGAAAAUUUAUCUUUAAAUUUAUGUUUUGUUAUUGGUGUGUAUAUCCAUUCACUUUUAUUUCUUUAUUGCUGGCUAUUUGUUUCUUUUUCAUUCAACUACAGUAUUUCAGCUUUAGUUUUUAGAUUUACAGUAUUUUGAUACCUUAUUUCAGCAUGGAGACUUCAAAAGGAAGAGGUCCAGGACAAAAUAAAAGAUUUUGGAGCGAAGAUGAAGACAAACACUUUGUUGAAGCACUUAUGGAACUGAAUAAUGAAGGGAAGUUUAAAGCUGAAGGAAAUUUCAGGCUCGGUCAUCUUAGAGCUCUUGAGAUGAAAUUAAAGGAGCGGAUGCCUGCAUGUGAUAUACAAGCUAAGCCACACAUUGAGUCUAGAAUGAAGACUUUGAAGACUCAUUUUCAAGUGGUUCAUGAAAUGUUGACUGGACCAUUUUGUAGCGGAUUUGGGUGGGACAACGACAGAAAAACUGUUACUGCAGAAAAGUCAGUGUGGGAAGCAUAUUUGCAGAGUCACAAAGAAGCAGCCCCCUUCAAGAUCAAGUCAUUCCCUUGGUAUGAUGACUUAUGUAUGAUUUUUGGCAAGGAUCGUGCAACUGGAAAAAAUGCAGAGACUGCAGCAGAUGUUGUUGAAGAACUUCAAACUGAAGAAGAAAACACUACUCUUGGAGAAGAUGAUUUCAACUAUGCUAACAAUGUGGAUGAAGUGCCAUCUAUAUCUGUUUCAGAUGCAACAAGAGGUGCUCAAUCUCACACUCAAUCAGAUGGGUCUUCAAAGAAGAAAAGGAAAACUGUAAAUCAUGAAGAACUUUCAGAUGCACUCACACAAUCAGCUUGUAUUAUCGCAAGAGAAAUUGAAAAAGCUUCUAUUCGUUUGAGUAAAGCUAUUGGUGAAGACAUGAAUGAAAAGCAUAUGCAACUUGGGAAAGAGUUAGAAAGGACCACUACACUUACCACAGCUCAAUGUCAUAAGGUAGCUCGCAUGAUUAUGCAAGAUAAUGCUCUGGUUUCUUACUUUUUCAGUGUCCCAGAUAAUGAGAAGGAUGAAUGGGUGACACUUCUUCUUGAUGGCUCUCUCUAA